GCUGCCUCCUUUUCAUUUGCUGCCUUUCUUAUCCCGCCUGUGUGUGUGCGCCGCAUCCAUACCAAGAUCCUCUGACUCCUUCUCCACAUGUCCCCGCAGCUUGCACCGGAUUUCAUUACAUAAUUGAGCUCGUAUCACCUCAGAAACACGGGGCUCACGUCGCGUCUGACUGACAGCUGAUCGGCGCUUUUACGGGUAUUGCUGCUCCACCCCUCCACCCAUAAGAUCUCUCCAGCCUUACACACACUUCUGCCAUGCAGGAGGUGUAACCCUCCUCCCUCUUCUUCCUUGUGCACUAUCGGAGGAGACCUUAGACAGAAAAAAAAAUCCCAACCUGUAACCAGUCAAGAUGUCAGACCAAGAUGCCUCUUCACCGGCAGACCAGGCGCUGCCGCUCACCUCGCCCCGAACCCCCCUGCAGCUCUCCUUUCCCUUCAUGAGGGAGGGCAGUCGGGUUUGGGAGAGGGAGAGGAAACCACCGCAGCCUGGAGAGCUGCCCAGCCCACUGCCCACCAAACGCACCCGCACAUACUCAGCGACAGUGCGAGCCAGAUCAGGUCCAGUGUUUAGAGGGGUGUGUAAAAACUUCUCCAGGUCUCAGGGUCAUGGAUUCAUACGUCCCUCUCAUGGAGGAGAGGACAUCUUCGUCCACAUCUCUGACAUCGAUGGAGAGUACGUGCCUAUGGAAGGGGACGAGGUCACGUACAAGGUGUGCCCCAUCCCUCCCAAGAACCAGAAGAUCCAGGCUGUCGAGGUGGUGAUCACCUACCUGAAUCCAGGCACCAAGCACGAGACCUGGUCAGGCCAGAUCAUCAGCUCCUAGACCAGCGCUCUGAGCCGCAAAGCUGCAAAAGCAAAGGGGGAUUUAGUCUUAGGUGUUAUUCUUUUUGGGGUGUUAAGUUUCGAACCAGGUCUGGGGAAGAGGGAUCAGAGUGUGGCGUGUCGCGGAGUUCAACCUAAGGUGGCUUAGUUAUUUAGUAGCGUUGGUGGAAGUUUGAGUUUGAGGUCAGCGCUGGAAAUUAAACUUUGAAUGUAUUCGUUUGAAUGUUUUUCUUUGAUGGUCAUGAUUUGGGUUUGAAUGUUUUAAUUUGAAGGUUAGGGUUCAGGGCUUGGUGAUAGAAAUUUUAUUUUGACUUAAGGGAUAUAUUUUAGUUGGGAAACCAGUGGUUUAGAGGUGAGCGAUUUGUCUUUGAUGAGAUGACAGAGGCCGAAUCACAUUUUGAGAAAAUUUGACCCAGUUCGCUAUAUAAAUACACUCCAUUUGUGCACGACAGACAGAAGAGUUUAAAGUUAAAAUCUCAAAGAUUUUAAUUUAAAUUGUUUGUUAAGUCCAAUCACCAAAUGAGGUAACACAAUAGUGACUGGGCCUAUAGCCCACUACGAAAGCCCUUGCAUUUGCAGUAUCAUGUGUCUGUGGCGACCAGUGCUGGGCGUACUACCAUUACUACUGUAGCUACUGUCAUCACAUUACAUUUGUCUGUAAUGCAGUAAUCUAAUGCAUUACAGUUCUAAAUUCAGUAAUCACAUUACAGUUACUAAUCAAACAAUCAUGUUAUGUUUACAUCACAUAAGUUCUUCAAUUAUCUGCAUAAUGGGCUGAGAGAAAAGGUUAACCAACAUGCUGAAAAACAAUUUUAGAGGCUACUUCUCUUUAAGUAUAACCUGUUAUUCAGUAAUACGUCAAAUGCAGCCAACUAAUCUACCAUAAAGCCUUGGUUUGGUGAGCGAGUGUUCAGUGCAGUUCAUAUGCUGUUUAAAUGUGUUUUUUACCUUUUUAGUCUGUCAUCAUUUAUUGGUCUUAAGAAGGCCAGUCACUUAUAUUUUUUAUUUAGGCAAUUAAUAUUUGUUCAAUGCGGUUUUAGGAAACCAAACCUCUUUAUAUAUUGAUAUAGUUUCAUUUUGAGGCAGUUAUAGGCAGUGCCAUCCUGAUUCUCCUGAUCCUUGUUUGGUGCUGAUAUGUGGGCACAUGUGAGGUUUAAUGUUAAUUUGCUAACUUGCAAAUACACCAAUCAGCCAAAACAUUAAAACCAUUGGCGGGUGAAGUGAAUAACAUUGAUCAUCUUGUAACAGUGCAAUGUAUUGCUGGAAAACCUUGGGUCCUGGCAUUCAUGUGGAUGCUACUUGAAGUGCUCCAGCACUUGUCAAUGGCAGUGGUCCCCCAGCAGGACAGUGCAUCACGCCACACCUCAAAAACUGCUCAGGAAUGACAAAGAGGGACAAAGAGCUCAAGGCAUCGACCUGUCCUGCAGAUACCCCAGAUACCAAUCUGAUCUAACAUUUGAGGAACCUUCUGCCCCAGAGGUACCCCCCGAUCGAUGGUGAGUGCUCCUUGGAGCAGACUUGGCUCUGACCUGUCAAGACAUAGACACAGGAUCUCUGGUGGUGUCCAAUAAUUUCUGGCACCAAGGCGUUAGCUUUAGGUCUUUUGAGUCCUGUAGGUUGUGGGGUGAAGUACCAGCACAUCCCACAGAUGUUUGAUCAGAUUGGGAUCUGGAGAAUUUGGGGGUCAGGUCGACGCUUUGAGCUCUUUUUGUGCUCCUUGGGCCAUUCAUGAGCAGUUUUUGUGGUGUGGCAUGGCGCAUUGUCCUGCUGGGGGGCCACUGCUACCGGGGAGUGUCGCUGCCAUGAAGGGGGGUACCUCUUCUGCACUGGUGUUGAGGUGGGUGGAGCAUGUCAGAUGGCAACCACAUGAAUGUCAGAGCCCAAGGUUUCACAACAGAACAUUGCACUGUACCAAGCUGAUUAAUGUGUUCACUUCACCUGUCAGUGGUUUUAAUGUUUUGGCUGAUCGGUGUACUGUAUGUGACAAUGCAUUUCAGGUGAUGUUGUGGAGUAAUGUAACAAGUAGUGUAAAGAAUUACUUUCUGCAGGGAGUAAUUUGGUAAAGUAAUGCAUUGCUCUUUUUAAAAGUAGUGAGUAGUAUGUAAAACGUUACUUUUUUCUUUUUCUUUUUCUUUUUUUUUUUUUUUGAGUAACAACCCCAGCACUGGUGGUGACAUUUUUGGGAAAAGUCACAUUGGUUUGUCCACCAGAGAGGGUAGGCGGAGCUAACGCAAAAACUUACUCUUCACCUCACUUGUGUGUGAAGCUGCGUACUCAGUUUUCCAGUCUCUGCUGGAAAAACAGAGAUCUUCAAGUUUAUAAUUGAAGUUCAAAGGGACCAGCUCGAUGGAGUUGUGAAUUUCCGUUCCAUUUCUGUUCCCCUUCUUUUUACAUCUAAGCCACCAACUGAUGUAAAUGACACACCACCACUGCCAAAAGUCAUGCGACAUGUAUCCAGUUAAAAAAAAAAGUACAAUUAGUUCAGCCAUAUUGUGUCUGUGUUUACAAAGCCAGAUGGAGACAGCUGCCUCACAGCAGAACAUCACAUCAAAAGGAAAUGAAGGAAAAUUACAUUUGUAACAUUUGCCCCCUUUGUUGUUUAUGAUCAGGCUUGUUAAGGCACAGCUGCUCGGAUCUGCCUUCAUCUCGCUGCCUUCAGAAAACAUUUUAAGAUGCUUUGAGGUACCACAAAACCCUGCUAGUGCAUGGCUGCCAGACGGAAACAAUCAAUGCACUUACAGAGGAAAGCAUCUUUGACAAAGAUCCCUUAAUGUGCUUCAGCCUCAAGAGUUGCGAUAAGCUCUAUGUGUAAGGAAUUAUUCUCCUUCUUAAUAUUGUAGCACUACUGUAUUUUGUCUACUCAGCCAGUGUAGAAAUCCAGUAUUAUUGUAGCCAGCUCCUAUGACGGUCUUAAGUUUGGGUGGUAGAGACAGUAGAUGGACGUAGUGUGGGCUUGCCACUGGGAAACCAGGCCAGAGGGAUUUUGGUUGGGGAAGGAAACCGGAGAGGGAGGAAGGUCAGGGAAUGGGCAGAGGAUGGAGUGAUUGUCCGUAGAUGUACUUGAGCACUGAUACAGCUUGAUUUGAAAUGUUGCAAAGCACGUGUAAUCAGGAAGACAGUGAUUAAAGUCAGCAGUCAAAAUAAGCUGAUAAAAAAGGAAAAUAGCUGAAGAAGAUGAGCUGCUGAUUUUUAGGUGGAAGGUUGAACACGGGGGAGUCCGCUAAGUUGCAUACGUCACGGCAAACGACUGUGAAAAAAAAAAAACAGAGCAGCAAAAGCUUCCUGGUGUAAGUUUAAAAAGACUAUUUAUUUAUUGACUUAUUUAUUUUCAUUUGUAACUAUGAGACCAUCAGGUGUUUGGUAAUUAAAAGCUGCAUUUAUAAGUACUUGUGCAAAUUUAAGCCUAUUUGAAUACACUGCACACCUCACUCUAAUGAUUCUACCCUGUUGAUAUCCCUUUGCUACUGUCAUGUCAUCACUGACAGGCGAAAAAAAAAAACUUUCCAAACACAAGUUUCUAAUUUCUACAUAAUCCUUGUCUAAUUUUUAAUAACUGUGUGAUGUUCAAAAUAACAAGCAGUUUUUGUUGUUUUGGAAAUCGGCAUGUUCUGUGCUGUUUGUUGUGUUUUUAUUUUUAUUUUUACGUAGAGUGUGUUGAUGCUGUUUCACCCUGCAGUAACACAGCUGGAGCCUUCAGAGAGGCGUCGUCAGGUCUCCCAUGCAUCUUUGAUGUUUCGCCAUGAGUGUGACUUUAACGUCAUAGUAACACACUGCAUCUGUUUGGUUUCUCUCCUGUGAGAGAAACACGUUUGAUUGUGUUCGCAAGCACUUUUAUUUUUGUCAAAUCACUGUGACGCUGUCUUUUGUCAUUAAGAUAAAGUUUCAAUAAAACUUACUACUGUAUUCACAGA